GUUUUCUGAUUGCGAGGGGCGUGUCGUGAAGGCGCCCGCCCAGCGCGCCGAGGCACGGCAGUCUUCGCCGACCCGUCACGUCAACUGCACGCACGAGACAGGUGCGAGUCACUUGACGACGCUACGCGUGUGUUUAACUGAGAGAGACUCUUCACCGCUAUGGAGGGCUUCCUUCAUCACAUGGCGCCGCAGUUUCUGCACCCUGCUCUGCAGAGCUUCGGGUGUGGUGCAUUCCGGCCUAUUGGAGGCGCUUUUCAUCCGCUUUACCCAGGCAAAGCUUUUGCCAGGCAUUUAGGGGAACAAUAUGCACUUGGGCAAAGUGUUGGACAAGCUUUGAGGCAAAAUUUGAAACAAUACGGAGGUAUAUCAUCAUCACAGAGCGUCCGCGAUGAGAGCAGUACCCCGCCGUUGUACCGGCAUGCGUAUGGUGCGCGUGAUGACACCAGUUCACCUGGUUCAGCCGCUUCUGCCUCGCCGCGCCCGUGUAAGGACGAUGAGAACCCUACUCCGGCUACUUGCACCGAUUCUCACGACUUCUUCUCUGCUGACGGGGAACGUAAGUCAUCUUGCGGUGUGUGCGGUGCGAGGCUGGGCCCAGGUGUAGCGCAAGCUCACUUCCUUCAAGAGUUACAGCACCUGUACAGUCUCAGCGCACUUCCGAGGGACACAGCCGGUCCACCGACGCAUUCAUUGCAUCACCAAGAUGAGGACGCUCGCUGGGAGACAUACCAACGCAUUCGCGCAAACCGCCAGCGUCGCUUGAAGCUGCGCACUCGCAAACGCCACCACACCGUGGAGAGUAUGCUGGGCUACGACCUGGACGAGGAGCGGCGUGAGGAGAGGCCACGGGAGCAACGCUCAUAUGACGCGGAGGAUGAACCCGUUGACGUAGAGGGCGACUCGCUCGGGUGGCCUGAGGGACCAAUCAAUGUCGAUGACAAAGAUCAACGCAGCGAUAGUGAAAAAAUGCACUUUAGCUACGCGGAAGACUUAGAGAUAUCCAGCACGAACGAUGCCAUGCAAUCACCAGAACGUGUCAGGAUCGAGACUCCAAAGCCAUUGUCGCUCGAAUGUCCAGCGAAGACAUCGGAGACAACUGAACGACCAGCGGAAGUAACCACAUCUGAGUGGCCGGCUGGCACGCCUUCUGAAUGGGCAGCUCUGCCUGAGGCGUAUGUGCACCGGCACAAAAUCGACGGCGAGAACCUGCCAUCCUCCACCGAUUCACGAAACUAAUUGACUAAUGAACUAGUUGACAAUUUAACUUAUGACUAGUAAACUAGUUGACUGGCAAACUAGUUAACUAGUAGUUGAUGAUAUGACUAGUCGACUGCGAUUACUUUAAAAAAUAUUGGAAAAUUAAAUUCAUGAAUAUCAAGCUGAACUC